AUGAAAGCUCUUGUCUCAAACCGAGGCAUUUUUACCAGGCUCAUCAAUAUUAGUCGUAGCAAGGCCAUCGGCGGCCAAGGCGGCCAUGUUCAGGACGACGUGGCCGUUCCGAAGAUCUCUCCCAACGAGAUACUCAUAAAAGUCACGGCCGUCGCUCUCAAUCCGACAGAUUUCAAGCAUCUAGAUGCCAUCUCUCCCCCGCAUUCUAUCAUUGGAUGCGACUACGCGGGCGUGGUCGACCAAGUUGGCAACGCUGUCAAGGACAAAUGGAACAUCGGCGACCGCGUGGCCGGCGCUGUCCACGGUGGCCUAUUCCCUGACAAGGGUGCCUUCGCAGAGUACUUGAAGACCGAUGCAGAUUUGGCUUGGAAAGUCCCUGAUGGCGUUAGCGACACGGAUGCGGCCACGUACGGAAUCUCCGCCAUAACCGCUGUACUCGUCCUGAACGGUCGUCACGGGUUACCCUUGGUCAAUGCUACGUCUGCCACUCCCAAGAAUGAAGCUAUCUUCAUCUACGCAGGAGCUACCAGUGCUGGGCUGUAUCAUAUCGAGAUCGCAAAGGCCGCCGGUUACACCGUCGUAACAACCGCCUCGCCCCGUUCAUUCGACCUGGUCAAGAAGUACGGCGCGGAUUCCGUAUUUGACUACAAGUCACCCACAGUCGUAGCAGACAUAAUCAGGGCGUACCCCAGCCUCACAAAGGCGGUGGAUUGCUUCUCCGAGGGCAACUCGACGUCCAUCUGCGCUGCGGUGCUUAAACCUCAGGGCGGCAAGGUGGUCACCCUACUGCCCAAUGGCAAGUCGACCACCCCUGGUGUGUCCUAUGAUCUCGUCAUGUCAUACACCGCCUUCGGACACCCAUUUCAGUGGCUGGCACCUAUUGGGCCCAAGUUCGAGGGUAGACCGGAAGACCGUGCGGCCAUUGCUCGCUUCUAUGAAACUCUGCCACAACUCGUAAAUAUCUUGAGGCCCAUUCCGACCAUUACCCUGAAGGAUGGAUUUGACGGUAUUCUGGAGGGACUAGACAAGUUGCGGCGGGGCCAGGUAGCAGGUGGCAAACAAGUUGUCAAGUUGAAUACGACAUAG